AAUAAUAAUGCUAUUAUUUGGAAAUGCUAAGGCCCAAGGUUUUCCAGGAAGCGGAACUGGAUUUUUUUCUCCAAAACAAAUAUGGCUGCCUCCUACCGGUGUUUGUGAGUUUAGUAACUGGGCCAACCGUAUGAUCAGGGAGAGCUCGAGCAGUUCAGUUUCUUAUAUCAUUGAUGAUGUGUAUACUUUUAUUGCUUCGCACCUUGGCGGUAGUAUUUGCUCUAAGUGUCUUCUUUAGAGGAUUUUUUCCUCUCAAACAGGUCCCGCGAGACAUUUCUCGACAGAAAAUUUCUGUGUCUUUGCCAUUGCCACCAGAAUCAGUCACGAAAACUACGUUGCUAAAUGACGACUCUGGACCUGGUAAUCAUGAUGCAACUUCAACUGUUAGUCAAAAAUCCCUUCAAAAUGGAAUUGUCCGACAGAGGGAGAUCCAUAUCAAGGAAAAUGGAAAGCCACAUUUAGCCUCAAGAUAUCCUGAACACCUCAACACAGAUUCUUCAGUCUCUUUUCAACGACUCAUCUUUCUUGUAAUUGAUGCUUUCCGUUCUGACUUUUUCUUUGGACCUUAUCAGUACAUGCCCAAAGUGAACAGAAUUUUUGAAUUGGGACAUGGAAUUAAAUUUGUGGCUGAGUCGCAUCCACCUACAGUCACUAUGCCAAGGAUCAAGGCCAUUACUACAGGGAAUAUCCCAAGUUUCAUCGAUGUUGUACUGAACUUUGGUUCUGUGGCACUGGAAGAGGAUAACAUUGUCAGCCAGCUGAAAGCCGCCGGAAAGAAUAUCGUCUUCUUUGGCGAUGAUACAUGGCUGAAAUUGUUUCCCGAUCAUUUCUUAAGAAGUGAUGGCACGACGUCUUUCUUCGUCACAGACUACACUGAGGUUGACCGAAAUGUUACUCGACACCUUCCAUCAGAGCUAAUCAAAAAUGAUUGGGACGUUAUGAUUCUGCAUUACUUGGGCCUCGACCACAUUGGCCACACUGCUGGGCCAAGCAGUAACCUAGUCCGUCCCAAAUUGGGUGAGAUGGAUGAUGUUAUAGAGCAGAUCUACAAAUCUAUGGAAAAGUGGGCUGAGCCAAGUCUCCUGGUUGUCUGUGGUGACCACGGCAUGACUGACCAGGGAGGUCACGGGGGUGCCACUCCACAGGAAGUCUUCGUUCCUGUGCUCUUUCUCAGUCCGAGCAUCAAAAGUCCAGUUGGUUCCAAACCUCCUGGGUUGAUCUCGCAAGCUGACCUGUGCCCGACUCUGUCAGUUCUGAUGGAUGUGCCAGUGCCACUGAACAGCCUGGGCAAAAUUGUUACUGAUGCCCUUGUCGGCUUUUCUCUGCAGCAGAAGCUGUCAAUUGUUCAUCAAAACGCACAGCAGGCCAUGAAAAUUUUGGAAAAUUAUGUGGCAAAUCGUGAAAAAGAGUCAUCGUACAUGAUGUACCAAAGAGCCAGUGAGGAGAUGGCAUCAUGGUUUCUCCAUCAGAACUCCUCACCUCAUGCACAGUGGGAGGAGCAAGGCUUGCGUUUGCUAGAUGUUUACGCUCAGAGCCUGAGUCUCAUGGCUGAGCGCGUGGACAAGCUUUCCACGCAGUACGAUGUCUAUGCUAUGGCUGCUGCAAUGGUGCUACUCUGGAUGUUGUUUGCGUCCCUGAUCUUGAGCCAUAUCAAUGUGAAGGUCACAGAAUCUGGAUUACGAUCAUGGUCAUCCUGCUUUACUGUGGCAUUUCCUGUCUGUGGCUCUGUGACUUUGUCCCACAUCACAAUGUGCACAGGUGGUGUCCCAAGUCCUUUGAUAUGUCAAGCAACUGGCCUGAGUGUAGCCAUUCAGUUGUCUAUGCUGGCUGUGUUUCUCAGCCUCUCAGUUCACUUCAUCACUCAUAAGACUAAGCUGUGGGGAAUUUUGAGGCAUAUCCAGAUCUGGCUAUGGCAGUCCAGUGUUGUGGAGAAAUUUCUAAUAGUAGGCAGCUUAGGCCACGCCUUGAGUUUGAUGUCGAGCAGUUUUGUGGAAGAGGAGCAUCAGACCCUGUACUUCCUUACCACCACCGUGCAUGUUUUGCUACUGCUUCAGCUGCCUUACCAGCUGUGGAACAGGGUCAGGGUCACCAAAGAGGAGCCUAUGAGCAAAGGGGGUAACACAUCUGUGCCUGAUGAUUCAAAGAGAUAUAUAAACCUUCAGCCUGAUGAGGGAUGUUAUGGCUCUGACCAAGAACAGCGGGAUGGCGAAUGUGACGGAGAGGAUACUCGGUUGUACCAGGAGCUGAAUAGAGCUGAGAUAGAGCAGCGGGAAAAUUGUGUGAGAGACGGUUCUGGAAAUCUUCAGGAAAAGGAUAGCAAGAAGACAGAUAAUGCCUCGUCCGUUACUUCAGGCGGCUCCAGAGCGGCCCUUUCCUUCAAGUCGGCUGUCCAUUUAAGCUUUAGCUUGGUCUGCGUCCUGGUUUUUCUGCGAGUGAUGAGACGCUGGAAUCAAACAGGCAACAAGUGGCAGCACCUCCCAGAUUUUAGUGACUGGCUUGUCAUGUCAGAACACAAGCCUUACCUAUCGUUGAUGGUGGCUUUCUCCAUGAUGGUCAUCUCCUGUAGCAGACAGCCAGGACUGGCCAAGGUACAAGUGUUGUUCAUGAACCUGUCACUGGCCGGAGCUUUCUUCUCCAGGGUUGCUUCAGGAUCGUUGUUCUUCCCUUCUCGGAAAUUCCUGAGUGACAAGGGUGUUCUGGAGGCAAGGAUUUCUCUCUGUUGCUCAGCCAUGGUGUUUCUGCUUUCUAUUUUACCCGAGAAUUUCACACGUCUGGAGGUUGACUGCCCUAAAGAACAAGAGUCUCAAAAUCUGUCUGUGAGUCAGCGCAAACGAUCUGCCCGACUAAACUUUUACGAGUCGUCAUUGUCAAGAAGUGAAUCUCCCAGCUCAGAAUAUGCGAAGUGCCAAAGUACUGCCAAAAAUGUGUCUUGUGAAGAAAAUUCAAACUCAAAAAAACUGUUUCGUCAAACCUCUGUAUCUCAGGAGAAUGGAAAGGCGAGAGAGGGCGAGGGGAAACAAAGCCACAGAGUUGAUCAACAGCUGUCAGGCAUUGUCUCUAGCUGGUUGUGUGCCAUGUGUAUGUUACUGCGCCCCCACAACAUCCCGCUGGUGGCAAUGUCAGGACUGAUAGAGCAGAUGGUGGUUCCCGCACUGACACAGUUACAUGUACGACCAACGUAUGCUCUCAUUUACUGUCUUUGGAUGGGACGUGCUCUCUUCUUUUUCCAGGCUUCGAUCAUUAGGGAAUACUUUAUUGUGGUCCCAAGUGUUGCUGCUGACCCUGUACACAGGCCUGGUCUCAGCCCAGCGUUACCACCUGUUUGUGUGGACCGUGUUCUCUCCCAAGAUGCUCUACCUGGGCAUGGACACGGUUGUCGUCUCUGUGUUUGCGGUGCUGCUGUAUCUUGCGUCAUCUUUCUGGUGACUAUUGAGGUUUUGUUAAGCUUAAAUGUGUUGUAACACCUCAGGGUGCAACCAAGAGGAGACUACCUUUCAAAAGUUAAAAUGCCAACACUUCGUUACCUUAGAAUUACAAAGUUCUUUCUACUCAGUAUCUAAUUUUGUGUAUAACAUAUCAAGCUUUUUCGAAAGCAGUUCUUUGAACAUCUUGAUAACAACUCAGAACAAUUUUAUGAUUUUGUUAGAGCAGAUGGAACAUUUGGUUCCUGAUCUCAUCGUCUUUGUUACUCAAAAUAGCCAAAAAUUUCAGAUAAAACUUUGUUAUUCUAAGGUAGCAACUUGUUGACUGUUGUGUAUCCCCACCAGCAGAAGACUUUCAUGGCAAUACAAGCAUUCCCUGGAAGGCCAAUUUUAUUCCGGUUUAUGGUCUCAGUAAGGACAUCAAUUGUUGCUGUCUUUUAAGUAUAUAUACCAUUAUGAUACAGGGUCCUUGGCUACCGAUUGCCGCAGCUGGAUGGAAUGAGGAGAAAAGGUAUAUUUUUCAAAGAACGUAACUUUUUGCUUGAAUGAUGCUGGGAUUGAACCUACUGUCUUCUGAUAGUGAGUCUGACCAUUUUUCUGCCCUUUGGAAAUGUCCCAAUAUAUUAGAUUUAAAAUAUUUCAUGUAUCAUGUAGGGGGCUAAAUCUUUUUUUCUACAAAAUUUUAGAUUUGAAGCAAUGGCAAUUUCAAAUGACAAGGAUUAUUAGAUAAGUGGUCACUGGGAUGUGUUCUUGAGCAACAAAACUCUAGAUCUAUCCCUGUGUCAAUGACUGGACACUGCACAGUUUGUUGAUUUGCUGUAUCCUUUGUGUGUGUAACCUGAAUUGAUUUCCUUUGUUCAUGUAGAUGGCUUUUUAAGACAAUGUAAGGGAUAGCUAGAUAAAUCCAGUACUUUGCAGUUUUUAUCUUCUAAAAUUUUUGUCUAUGUCUUUUGGCCUCUUAGAUUGACAGCUAUUUUAGAUGUGAUUACAUUCCAUUGGUUUUGUGCUGUGUUUGUUUUUAAAUGCAGAAUUCAGGGUUUUAACUUGAUUGAAUCAAUGUUAUGAAAAUGAAAUAAUGCAGUCACUUUAUUUUUUAUGUGCGAUAGCUAUUU